UCUUCCGGGAAAGAGGCGCUCUGUGACGUCACUAGUGCAAUGGCUCUGUGCGGAAAGGGAUGAACUGAGUUCCGUGAGUCGGGUUCCGGGAGGAUCUGGUUUCUUUUUUAUUGGAGCUCGAGCUUCUCCCCGAUGUACAUGAGGAGGUUUUUCUCUAAAGUUUGCUCAGUGAUGGCAGGACCGAGGCCGGUGGUUUUUAGCGGUCCCUCAGGUGCUGGGAAAAGCACACUACUCAAAAAGCUUCUCAAGGAGUUUGAUGGCGUCUUCGGCUUCAGCGUCUCCCAUACGACACGGAAACCACGUCCAGGAGAGGAGAAUGGAAAAGAUUAUCAUUACGUGAGCAGGGAGGAAAUGCAGGCCGGAAUCGCUAAAGGAGAUUUUAUUGAGAGCGCAGAGUUCUCGGGGAACAUUUACGGAACGAGUAAAGCAGCAGUCCAGGCCGUUCAGGCCCAAAAUCUGAUUUGCAUUUUGGACAUCGACAUGCAGGGAGUGAAGAGCAUCAGGAAAACUAAUUUAAACCCCAUCUACGUCUCCAUCCAACCUCCAUCCAUGGAUGUGCUGGAGAAGAGGUUAAGGGCGAGACAGACCGAGUCUGAGGAGAGUUUACAGAAGCGACUCCAGGUUGCACUCGUCGAAAUGGAGUUCAGUAAAGAAGCGGGUCAGUUUGACGUGGUCAUCGUUAACGAUAUUCUGGACGAAGCGUACGAGAAAUUAAAAGCAGCUCUGCUCCAGGAAAUCCAAAAAGUAAAAAACACCACCAAAGCCUGAAGGUCCAACAUCCGAAGACCAGCACUCGGAGACGGCAACAUUCCACACACACACACACACACACACACACGCGCGCUCCUCUCCCUCACACAAGGCUGAUAUAUUCCUACGGCUUCUGAAGGGAGAAUGUUAUUUAAAAUAAACCUUUUUAUUCUUAUCGACGAUUAAUUUCAGGCCACUAAUUAUAGGGUUUGUGGGAAAGGGGGCAGAUUUUAUUACACACUCAUCCUGAACAGUACUUUAUUUUAUUUUUCUAAACUAACUCAACAACUUACCUUGACGUACGCUUACAGUGCAGUGCAUUGUGGGUAACGCUCACCCAGAACGCUAAUGUGGAUCUGUGAGCUCCCUCUGCUGUCUGUGAGGUGAAUUACAGUGACAGUGAUGACUCCAGCACCUCUGUUCCAAAUAAACAUGCCACUGUGUGCUCACCUUUUAUAGAAAAGUGGGCGGAGUCAAAGCAGUCUGUUCCAGGUGGGUUUGUGUUUAUAAAGUUGGCACACAAUUUAAAAUUUAGAAUUACAUCUAGAUUUUUUUUUUAAUAUCCAUAUUCACUCCUGGGAUUUGUUUUAUGAUUCCUUUAAUUCAUUUUCAUAAGAUUUUAACAUUUGGUACCAAAUUUUAGAUAAAAAUAAUGCCUUUUGCGUUCAUCCCAGCAUUUUUUAUUUUAUUUUUUUUUUCCUCCUAACUCCGUUCCGAAGAAGCGGAUGUUAUUUCUCUGAACGUUGAUAUUUAUUACAGCCUUCAUUAAACUUGACUUUGUGGAAACUCUUGAUUUUGAUAUGUACAGGAGGAACUUGGUGCUCUUUUUGUUUUGACGGGUUUGUAGUGUAAAACCGCCAGCUGAUGAUGUCAUGACGGGCGUUUCAGCGGCCAACCAAUCAGGCGUUUCUCUUCAGUUCGCACACGGUGGAUUAAAAUCCUAACACACACUCGCUGUAAUCACACACACACUGUUUGGUGUUAAACUGAUUCUGGGAAUUAAACUCUGUAACCAAGUCUCUGCUUCAUCAAACUUGUUUCUGAUUUUACUGAACAGCACAUUCUCCAGAGUGUGUGUGUGAGUGUGUGGUGUAAAACCUCUGUGUGUAACUUUCAUACCUGACUGUACUGAUAAUAAGUGUUGUAUCAUUCCUCUCUCUCUCACACUCGUCUGUCGCGCGCCGCUCUCUACCUCUGUGUUGUUCUUUUGUUUUGUUUUUAAUCUGACUUUCUAAACUAACCUUCAGGUCUAAUAAAGAUAAAUCAGUGUGAA